AAUUGUGGCAGGUAUGCUCUUCAGGACCAGGGCAUCAAUUCAGACACUAUGAUUGUCAGUCGCUAACACGGCAUCGGGGCAACUGUUUGGGAAUUCGAACUCAUUCCUAUUACCAAUCGUGAACCUCCUCUUCAGCAAUGAACACGAACUCCAUCGAAAGCUCCCGACAUCUGCCACGCAGGCAAAGCAGAUAUCACAGGCGGGCGGCUGCAUACUGUACUAGGAAUGGAUUAGCUAUUGCAGAACACGUCCACAGCUUUCAAGGCAAUGGCUGCUCACAGAAAGAUGGUAGCUUGGGUUUUUGCGACAUCGACUGGGUUCGACAUCAAACCUCUGCAAGAAUGACAUGUUUAUGCCUCUUUUGCGCAUCCUCCAGCCAGAUCCACACACUGUAUGAGAGACUUCAACUCAUUGUUAGGGAUAUUGAACAAAGUUAUGGAUAUCGAUUAGUGGAGAGCAGACCCGAAACUUGCUGUCCAAAACACAAAACAACACUUUCGCUUUCAAAGCACGACAUCAUCUUCAACCUUUGUCAACUGAAGAGAGCAAACAUUUCCAACGAAGAAGCAGACUGCAUUAUAUCGUUGCAACAAUUCAAUGAUGGAUCCAAAACUUCGACAGCUACGACAGCUACGAAAGCUACGAAAGCUACGAAAGCUACGACAGCUGCAGACGCCAUCUGGGUGGAAAUUGUCUGGCGACAUAUAUCCAUGGCUCACCUGAGGUGCAGCUCAAACGCCCAGAAAGACACAUACUUCAAGUAACAUCAAGCAACAAGUAACAUCUUGGUGACUGCUCACAGGCACUUCUAUUAUACUCCAUAGAGUGCAUAAUAUUUUUCAGGACACAUUCACGGGCUUGGCAAACACUCCCUUGAACGAACUGGGCAGCUCAGGAGCAGCUCUGCAAUGAAUGGAGAUACUUCUCGCCUGCUUCACGGCCUCGUUGAACACGCAUAAUUUUCCAUCCUCAGUGGCCGACUGUGUUCUCGCCUAUCUCAGGGAGGGCCUCUGUGGUUUGGUGAACGCUUGUCAGAGGCAGAGGCAGAGCAAAAUACAACAAUU